UCUCGCUUUUUUUUUUCUCGACUCAACUCUAUUUCUGGUAAAAGCGAGUUUGGACUCCCUGUGUUAUUCAAUGUCUAAGAAUGUUUUUCCGCUUCCGCUCUUCUGUGUAAAACGUUGGGGCAUCAUUACUCCAAAGAUGUCUGAAAAAAAGGCCGUGCCUCUGCAAAUGCUCAAUCAAUACACGAGGAAUUUCAAAGUACUGGUUGUCGGUGACAUACUUACCGGGAAGCAAUCGUUUGUUAAACGCUAUGUGAACAACAUAUGGCAUCCGUUAUACAAGCCGACAAUAGGGGUUGAUUUUGCACUCAAGACUAUUCAAUGGGCACAAAAUACUACUAUCAGGCUUCAGAUAUGGCUUAUAGCAGGUCAAGAGAGAUUUAGUUCCAUGACCAGAGUGUACUACAAGGGGGCUGAUGCGUGUGUUGUCUUGUUCGAUUUAGAACGCCAAACUACAUUGGACGGCGCCAUUAAGUGGAAAAAAGACCUUGAUAGCAAGUACAAGCUUCACAGUGGAAAACCAGUCCCUUGUAUAUUGGUUGGCAAUAAAAGUGAUCUCCCAGAUAGACCUGUUGACAAGGAGAUUAUCGACAAACUCUGCAAGGAACAUUCAUUCCUAUGCUGGACUGAGAUGUCCGUCAAAGAAGAUAUCAAUGUUAAAAAACCUAUGGAGUACCUUGUGAAGCAUCUUAUGGAAGAUGGCAAGGAGGGGUCAGUUCCAUACAAACCAGUGAUGGACCAAAAGGAUCCAUUAGAGAACUUUCCAGAAGAGCCAGACAGGUUUAUAUAGUUUAUAUAAUGUGCAGGAAUAAGAAGUUGUUCAUCCUUGGGAACCCAGGAGUAUUUUCCUAGAGUGAAAGGUUAGAGGAAAAUAACCCUGGGUUUCCGAGGAUGGCAGUUGUUUAGACAAGUCAAUAAAUUAAUCAAAGUGACUGGGAUUAAUAAGCAGAACUCGUUACCAAAAUGGAACCUAGGAAUCCAUCCCUGUUGUAUUUACAGACGUUAUAUACCAUCACUUGACUCCUAUCAGCAGACUGCUGAAAAGGUUUUCUCUUUUUCUGAAUUGUUGCUAUAAAGUAGAGCUCACGAAAAACAAGCCUAGUUGGGACCAAAUGCUCUUCACCAUUAUAUAUUAAACCAAUUUUAUAUACAAGGAAUGUGUAGUGUUGCAAACAGUGUCUUUUAUAGACACAGUGUGUCACCCUGACAUGAAUAGUGUCUGAUAUGCAAGCAUGGUUUAUGGUUCUACUGUACUUUUCACCUCACAAUUUGCUUUGAUAUAAAUAAUAUUAGUCCUUCACACAACACACUACAAAUCUAGUUUGUCAAUGUUACAUAUAUCUAGCACAUCAAACAAUUAUAAAUAUAUAGAGUAAAAGAAAAUUCCUUAUCUGUAUUAGUAUGAGCUGUUGUGUAGAUUCUUUGGUUUAUCAUUAGUUCUUUCAUUAUUAUUCUUAUUUGUAAGUAAAAUAUAUGACCAUAUAUGGCCUGCAUUUAAGACCCUCUGUAGACUGUGUAACAGUAAUGUGAAUUUGGUGCUCCUCUAUAGUGCUGAGUGUUGGCACAUUGUUAAUGCAGACUUGGAUAACACCAAUGUCUUCCACACCAGGUGCCUGAGGAAGAUACGCCACAUUUUCUGGCCUUUUCUGAACUGUAUGACAACAAGGGCUCAAACAACAUCAUGCAAGAAAAUAAAAUGCUGUUUUCUAAAGUGA